ACUCUGCUUUCUUGCGUUUGUGGUAGGAUCGCCUCCAAGGGUUUCUCCAGGUCCUGCGCUUGGCCAAAGCCAGAUCUGGCAGAAAGGCGGCUAAUGAGCCCUCGAUCUGAGCCUUGAGGAAAGAGAGGGACAACACUAAGAGUCAUUCAUCACUUCUGCAGCAGCGAUGUUUCAUUUUAUCCCAGAAUAUGUGGAUAAACUGUCACCAUAUUCUUCUUUCAACUGUUCUACGUCUAAUCAUCAACAUCAGUCUCUGUAUAGCAGCUUGUUAUAAUGGAGAGUAUGAAAUAAAUGGCCAGUGCUGUCCAAUGUGUGAUGCAGGAAAGCGAGUUUUAAUACACUGUGAUGAGAACACAAGCAUAACAUGUAUAUCAUGUAUUAAAGACACUUACACUGACUCCUCUAACGGAUUAUCCAAGUGUCUGCAAUGUUUUGUCUGUGAUUUAAGUAAUGGCCUGAGAGUAAAGAAAGCAUGUACAGUGACAUCAGAUACAGUGUGUGAGCCUCUGCCAGGUCAUUACUGUAUAGACGUAAAGGGGAAAAGCUGUUUACAGGCCAGAAAGCAUAAAACCUGCUCACCUGGACAGUAUAUCAACCAGACCGGAACAGAAUUUCAAAAUAUGACAUGUGCAGACUGCCCUGCUGGUUCAUAUUCAGAUGGUACACGUUGCAAUUUACACACAAAUUGUGAAUCUCUUGGGAAAAUAGCAAUUAAACCAGGAACAGAAAAAGAUGAUGCCGAGUGUGAUAAUGGACCAUCUUAUAUACUGCCUUUGAUUCUUACUUUGUGUGGAGUUACUGUGUUGGCUGUCAUCACUGUAUUUAUUGUAAAGAAAAAAAAACAGAGAACGCAAAUGUCAUUGAAUCCAGAAGUUAUCGUUCAUCUUAACACGAGGGAAUUAAAUGAAUAUUAACAUUCACGCGCUCCUUAUGAUCUCCGUAUGACGGAUUAUAAGCAAACACUGAUUUUUACACUCUGUUAUUAUAUGACUGUUAAAUCUUGGAGGCUGUGCUUCCAGUUGCUUUAAUUCUUCCAAGGCUACUUUGAUGUGGACAGCUUUUAAAAAGCAGUCUAGAACAUUAACUUGUUAAACUGACGCGUCUUAGAUUACAUAGUGAAUGUAAACGUUUGUAAACAAUUUCACAAGAACAACCAGCAUAUCAUUCGAAAGGUCUAAGGGUUUACUUGUGAUAUCCGAGCACUGUCUUAUUAAAUAAAUGUGUAGCAUUCGCAGUGCAUUAAUUUGUGCAAGGACUGCAAACGAGAACAUGGAAAAUCAUAACGUUUUUUAAAUUACAUGUGAGUCCUAAUUCCAUCCGGUCUCAUGUUUGUAAAUUAUUUUUGCCAAGCAUUCCCAGUAUGACAUCAAUGUGCAUUUGUAGUCUACAAAAGUAACCAAUCUGAGAAAUAUUGAUUUAAAUCUCCAUUGUUUACAUCAGAGAACCAUCCGCCAUUGUUGCUUUUCAAUACAAUAUGCAUGCAGCGCUGUACAACUGUGUUAAAACUCCAUAGUGUUAACAAUUGUUGUCAAUUGGUUAUCAAUUUCUUACACAUA